AUGUAUCUAUCUCUGUUUAUAUUUGUGUAUCUAUCUCUAUAUCUAUCUUCAUAUCUAUGUAUGUUCAUAUCUAUCUAUUUCCAUUUUUUUAUAUAUAUCUCUGUUCAUGUCAUAUAUCUAUCUAUCUAUGUCAUAUAUCUAUCUAUCUAUCUAUCUCUGUUCAUGUCAUAUAUCUAUCUAUCUCUGUUCAUGUCAUAUAUCUAUCUAUCUAUCUAUCUCUGUUCAUGUCAUAUAUCUAUCUAUCUAUCUCUGUUCAUGUCAUAUAUCUAUCUCUCAAAUAAACGUUGUACUUCUCGCGCUCUCUCCCUCUCAGUUGUUUCAUCAUUCUCUCUCUCUCUCUCAAUUUCGUUUAAAUGUUUCUCGUUCUCUUUAUGGCCCUGCCUCUCUAUAUCUUUUUCUCUCUGUUCAUUAACUCUGUCUCUCUCUGUAAUAAGAAAGAAAGAACUUGGAAUUUUUCUUUUCUUUUUCUCUUGCAUUUUUUUUCUGUUUUCUAUUUAUUCUAAUUAUUCUUUCGUAGUUUUUUUUCUUUUAACAAUUUCUUUCAUACGUUCUUUUUUUCCUUCUGCUAUUUCUUUCUUUUUCCUUUCUUCUAUUUUGUUAUUUUUCUUUCUUUCUUCUUCCUUUCUUUCAUUAUUAUAUAUUAAUCUUUCUUUUCCUCUCUUCUAUUUAUUAAUUAUUUUUCAUUGUUACUAA